UAUUCUUUCAAGGAUCUUUUUGCCGGAACAGUUAGAUUGUUGCUGGUGAGGCCGGAGUUGCACCUUGUGGUGGAGGCAUAGAGUUCCAAGCCUCCCUACCAGUAUCAAUCAUCAUCAUCUAUCUGAGAAGGCAUCUUUAGAAGAUCUUAUCUGUAGGUAUCCUUGUAUUGUUUGACAUUGGGUUCAUUCAUUAUCUUGCAGUUCAGCCUACUUUUUGCUUGCUUGCCAGCUCUAGAGAGCAGGGUAAGCAAUUGCAAAGAUGGCAGACAAGAACAACAACAACAACAGCAGCAAGAACAAUGGCGAGAUGACUGAGGACUCGGGCAACAGGACGGAUGGACCUUCGCCUCCUCCCUCCCAGUGGACUUCGCCAGCAUCCAUGGAUCCCUUCAGUAUGGCAGUACAACAGAGUUUUGCAGAAGCGGCGAAUGCUACUACUAAUACUAGGACUAGUGUUACUACUGGCACCGUGCAAGGGCCCCCUGACAGUGUCAAGACGCAGCCUACCCCAUCCUUAGGCAGUAUUGGCAGUGAAGGUGCUGUCCCUACGACAAAGCUGGCGGAUGAUCCAGUCCAGCCAUCUUCUCUCAAGAAACCCGUUCACAAUCGUACCGUCUCGUGGGGAGUCGCUCCACUGCCUUCGUACGGCAAUACCGGUACCGGUACGGGCGGAGACAGCAGUCAUACUACCAAGCCCAUUCUGAAUUUACAGGAUGUUCUGGGUGCCUCACCGGAAUUGGAAGCCGAAACGUACAUUCUACAAGCCGUCGAAAAGGUUGCCACUCAUAGGGCCACCAAUACUGAAGUUUCGGGAUUGUAUUCUUCCAUUGUCGAGGACGAAAUCACAAGAGAUCAAUUGGAAAGCGAAGACGACGACGAUGAUGAAGAAGACGAAGAUUAUUUUGAUAUCGUGACUACACCCUCCACGGUCAGCGCCGCAUCUCCUCCUCCACCUGCUACUAAUACUAGACCCACGCUGACUGCCACCAAGUCACAGUCCACUCUGAACAGCAAGGGAACGUUGCGAGGAAUCAUUAAAACUCAUAUGCGAACCAAAACGGUAGAAGGAACGUUGUUCGGACUUACGACUGCUCUCACACAGUUGGACGAAGACCAUCAAUUCGACAGCAGCCGCAGCAUCACAGAAGGAGAAGAGGACGAGUUGAGAAUCGAUACUGACACUGGUUUCACCGCGGCAGACAAAGUUUUGGAAACCACUCAAAAGAUUCUACACAAGGAUGACCAUCACAAGGAUGCUGACAUGGAUAUUGAGAGUGGCAUCCCAACAAACUCGAAGAGCAAGACGAAGGACAAGAAUCAAAAACACAAACGAUUGGGAAACUUGGCGGGCAAGGCCGUCAAGGGAGCAUCCAGUGGAGUGCGAGAAGAAUGGGAGCUUUUCAACACGUAUCUGACCUCCAGGAAGGACAAGGCACGAGCACGCUUGCGCAAGACACUCGUGGCCAUUAUGUUGCCGUCACUUCUCAUUGCACUCUUCCUCUUUUACGUCGUCGAAAACCCAGAGCUAUGUUCUGCCACCAGCGUACUCCGUGCAAGAAACAAUGGCACAUUAGCUCCCAGCGUCUCUCCAACGCAUUCACCGACACUAGAGCCAACCACUGGCGAACCAUCCGGUGCUCCCAGUUCCCUACUCCUAGAAGAGGACUGGCUAGCCGCGGACUGGCCAGCGGGAACAGAUUUCCAAAUUCACAAUGUUGUUGUUGAAGAAGAAAGCAACUCAACCCUUGUUGGAAACGAAACAUACAGUCCCACCGGAAUGCCUUCCGUUGCACCUACCGGAAUGCCCAGCGUCCAGCCCAGUUCCGCUCCCACGGCCGAUGAUAUUAAACUCUUUGCCAAGGUAUUCGUACAGUGCCCUGGACUUGGUGCAAGCAUUUCGUGGUGGUUCUUAUUUGUAGGCGUCAGGCAACCAAUCACUUUCAUCAUGGCACUCCUCACACAGUCACUCGCCAUCGAUUACCUGGCUCUCAGCAGCCAGCUUGUAUUGCGAUGGUGUGGACCUAUCGUCACUCUAUUCUUGGUACAAAGCAAAGGCUGGCCAUUUGUCCUGUGCUUUUGGUCCCUCUACAACUACGCAAUCAAUGCACGAGACACGCCCUAUGCCCAUCAUUGGGGAUAUUGGCAAGAAUUGAUCUCCAUAUUCAACGACGAAAACCCAUCCGGAGAAGUGGUUAAUAACGAGUGGUACAUCAGGUUCUUGGGGCUUGCUGCUCUUGUGGGUGGCUGCGUGGCAGUCAAACGGCUCUUGGUCGGCCUCCUUUUGGGCAGAAACAGUUACCUGCACUAUGGAGAACAAUUGGCAGAGGUGAUGAAGAACAUGGUGUUGCUGGGAGAAGUAGCCACGCUGGCGCGAUACAUUAAAAGUAACAAGGAAGACUACCAGUAUCUAUUGGAUGACGUUACAUCUGUCGGUACCAAUCCGUCAAAGGCCAACAGCGCCAAUUGGACGUCCAAGAAUAUCCAAGCCUUUGUUAAGAAACAAGCCGAUGAUGAUGAUGAGGAGGAGGAGCCAGAGGUUUCUGAGAGUGCUGCCGACGCUGCGAAUGCUUUUAUGGCCAACAAACGACGCUCAGUAGUAGCGGUGGACGAGAAAGACCAGCCACAGCCACCAGACAAUCCUAACAAUACAAGCAUCGAAACUGUGAGAAGCUUUGAAACAGCUGUCAGUCAAGAGGACCCUGAGUUCACGGAGAGCGAGCAAAUGAAAAUUUCUGGUCUCCUGCAGGAAUGGGAAGAUCCGCAUACGGCCGAUGAGAGGGAGCACAUGUCAGUCACCCUUGCAGCCGUCCUCCAGUUUAGGCAGGCUCUCACGUUCAUGAAACGAAAGUACCCAUUCCUACCCGCCUUUGGACCAGCUGAUACUCGUGAAAAUUGCAUAGAGUCAGCUCAAAAGGUGUACGACCGCCUUAUUCUGAGGACACCCCACAAAGCUGAUCUUCCCUUUGAAACACUUGCUCUCCUCGCGAAGAAUGAGAAGGGGGAGCUUGACCAAGAGAAAGCCAAAGAGAUUAUCCGUGCCUUUCGCCCAGAUAGGGAUGGUACCUUGGGGAAGCUGGAGUUUGUCAGGAGCGUCGAUGUUAUAUACAAAGAACUUCGUCUGCUUAGUGCCAACAUUAGUAACAGUGGUCAAAUGGACAAAGCAGUGGAGUCCUUGCUCAAUGUCGUUUUCUACACUGUUCUUGUUGCCAUUGUGAUCUACCGGCUUGGAGAGGAUCCAAUUACGCUGUUCGCAACGCUAUCCAGCGCGAUCUUGGCGUUCGCCUUCAUGUUUGGCAGAAGUGCAUCUAAAUAUUUCGAUGGCAUCUUGUUUAUCUUGGUGCAGAGACCGUAUGGCGUUGGAGAUCGUGUUCACCUUUCAAACCCUCAAAACGAGACCAGUCCGGAUGGCUCUUCAGGGUGGAUUAUUGAAAAGGUUACACUGUUUGCUACUCAUGUCUACUGGGGUGCCACCAACGAACGUGCCACGUUGUGCAAUGGUGCUAUCUCUAACUCGAGGGUCAUCAAUGCAGCCCGUUCGCCCAACGGAACGAUCUAUGUCCACCUCAAAUUUGGUAUCAACACACCCCAAGCAAAUAUUGAAAUCUUCAGAGCAGCUGUGGAACAAUACUUGAAGGACCGACCAAGAGAAUGGUUAACCUUUGCGGGUUUCAGACCUUCCAGAGUCGAGGUUGAAAAGGGCUACAUUGCUUACACAGUGAUUGCCCAACAUCGGAGCUCUUGGCAGCAAGUUGGAGCAAUUAUUGAAAGCAAGGCCAACUUGACAACUUACUGCCUAGAGGUUUCCAAGCAGCUGGAAAUGAGAUAUAGGUCACCUCCUCUCCCUGUGGAUCUGACUAUUAAGGAUGAUGGUCUGGCAAUGCCCUUGCUGGGUGGAGAUGAGAUUCCAGGCAUUCCACCUGCCAGUAGCGGUGACAGUGUUGCCUCUACUGCUUCGCCAGCCGUCAGUCAAGAAGCCAUGGCCGCUAUCAGCGGUGCUGGGCUGCGGCGUCGAGGAGGCAAUAGCAAAUUUGCUGACCUGGUACGAAUGGUAAUGGAGAACAAUAAGGACAAAUAAGUGAAAUGGACUGUCACUCAUAUCGAGCUGUGGAUGAUUCGAUGCAAUCGAAACGUCGGAUUGGAGUGAAGAGUGAAGGUCCCAACAGAGAGAAUAAAAACAUACUAAACAAUUUAGAACUAGUAGUACAUGAGUAACUUCCGGAUUAGAAAC